CAGUCACAUAUAACAAACAAGAAAUUAACACCUCCACCAUACUCCUUAACAAAGAGCAAGAUGCCUCCUAAAUUCGAUCCCAAUGAAGUGAAGACCGUCAUCAUGAGAGCCGUCGGUGGUGAAGUUGCCGGUGGUUCUACUCUUGCUCCUAAGAUUGGUCCCUUGGGUUUGUCUCCUAAGAAGGUUGGUGAAGAUAUCGCCAAGGCUACUAAGGACUGGAAGGGUCUUCGUGUUACCGUCAAGUUGACCAUCCAAAACCGUCAAGCCGCCGUCUCUGUCGUUCCUUCUGCCUCUGCUUUGGUUAUCAAGGCUUUGAAGGAACCCGCUCGUGACAGAAAGAAGGACAAGGGUGUUGUCCACUCUGGUAACGUUUCUAUUGACGAGAUUGUUGAAGUUGCCCGUACUAUGCGCUUCAAGUCUCUCGCCAAGGACCUCUCUGGUACUGUUAAGGAGAUUCUCGGUACUGCUUUCUCCGUUGGUUGCACUGUUGAAGGUAAGAACCCUCACGAUGUUCAAAAGGAGAUUGACAGUGGCGACAUUGAGAUCCCUCAAGAGUAAAAAUGUUCUUUUGAUAGGACUGAAAAGAAUUGAUUUUUGUUUUUAAUAGAACCGGGGUAUUUAUGGAAAUAUAGGGACGUAUUCCUUGAAUUAGAUACCUUGCUUUGGUUACAACACGUACAAUGGCUUAAUAAAGAAUUAUCACCCUAGCAUUUAUGAAAUAGGUUGAUGAUGUAUACUUUGUAGUGAGCAAGGAAGUGUAUGAGAGCAGUAUUUGAAAUGUCAUCGGUGGUAACUGUGUGGGUUUUAUUGGCGG